GUCAGUUUACGUCAACAAAAUUUUGUCAACACUUUUAGUGACCUAUCCGUAGAAAAUGAUUCCAGUUAAAUACUAAUUUAAGAAGUUGUUGUGGGUUAUUAAACAGCACAAUAAGUAUAUGAACUAUAAUUAAAGCAAAGAAUGUAUAUUGCAUCUUUUGUCAAUUUUUUACUGAAGGAUAUGAUCCAAAAUGAGUUGGUUUGAUGCUGCAGGUUUGGCAAAUAUAGCAAAAUCCGCUCUUAAAGAGGCACAGCGGACUAUAGACAAAGCUUUAGAUAUCAAAGAUGAUGCCACGAUUGCUCCUGCUAAUACUCCGAUAGAUCCAAAUAUAGAAGACUUCUUUGGCACUUGGGGAAUAACUCAACCUAGUACAAGCAACGAUGAAAAACAGCAGAUUUCUGCUCCCAGUUCCAAGGAAAAAGUUUCAAACAGCAUCUGGGGUUCGUUCACAGGAUCAUUUUUUGAAAAUGCAAAUGAAGGAAACAAAUCACCUUCUAUUACUAGUCUUGACGACACUCUUGAUGCUGUAGAACCUUUUAGUCAAAGUAAGUUAGUUGUACACAAUGUUGAAGAGCUAGAUAAUGCAAUGUCUGAACUUGGUACCAGUGAGGAAGAGAAAAGAGAAAGCAUAUCGGACCAAGGAAGUUGCAGUGAUUUGAUAGAAGUAAAUUUAGGUGAAAACGAUGGUGGUCAAAAUUCUGUUAAAAGAAGAGAGAAGAAAGCAAAUGCCUCACUACUCAAUAGAUUAUCCGCCGUAAGUGCGGAAAGUGGUAAAAACAGCUCAGAGAGUGCGGACAUUAUUACAUGCAGCACAGAAUGUACAACAAGUCCAGAAUCUGAAAUGCUAUCUACUGGUCAAUCAAUAUCCACUUCAAGUUCAGCUCUAGGCCUCCAUCCAAAAUCAGAUUCUGUCGAAGUAUUAGGAGAAAGUCUUACAAGUCCAAGUUCUUUAGAAGUACUUGGUACAAAUAGUACGAACAGCAGAAGACAAUCGGAUUAUACAGAUGAAAUUGUUUCUCCAUCACCGUGGUCAGAAGAUGAAAAAUCGAGUUCUGCUGAAAAGUUAUCACCUGAAAGUGUCGAAGUUAUUCCUGAAGAUCAAGAUGAAAACAGUGUUGCUGAGGAUACAAUGUCUUAUACGUCAGUAUCUGAGAGUACAUCUGCAACGGUGUUAGAUUCAGCAUUUAAUCCACAUCUAAAGCCUCAAAAAAUGCUUAAAGAUACUUUUGGAUUACAGGAGACUUUGAAUGAAAUCAGUAAUGAUGUGUUAGACAAAAACUAUCCACAUGUCGAUGCUAUUACCAGAGCCCCAGGAAGGAGUACUAUGCAGUUACCUCUGACACCAGUUCUGAUAGAUACUCAGCCACAGAGCAUCAAACAAGAUUUGCCCGAUAUGCUACAAAAAACAAACAUUAUUGAUAUACCAGCAGAACCUCAAAGUCUUACUCAUUCUGAUAGUCAGAUGAAUAUCUCUACAGACGAAAGUUCUCAAUCAGAUAAAACACUAACGGGCAGUGAUAAUGUGAUGGAAAGUAGUAGUGACACUAGCACUGCUACUGAGACAAGUAGUAAUUCAACAUAUUUGAAAAAUUUAUUGGCAGAUGCAAUGACUGAAAAAAGCAUUUCGGACCAACAAAGUUCACCAAAGAUACCAGUAGUAGAUUCUAGUCAAAAAUCUUUAAUGGAAAGCAUUUCUCUUUCUCAGGUGGAUCCUGUUCCAAGAGAAAGUUCUCCCAUUAGCUCAGAGAGUCGUUCGGAUCUUGUCAAAAUAGGGUCAGAUCAUACUUCAGGCCAUACAUCUGGAGACGAAUUGGAAACAACAACCUCUUCAGACAUAGAAAUUAUAUCUAGUCCAAAUGGUGAUUCUAGUAGUACACAAAGUAGACAAAGUCCGGCUAAGCAGACGUGUACUAGAACUAAAAUGGAAGGCAGCGACUCCUUGUUGGGUAGACUAACGUUAAAAAAAGUCAAAGGGCACAACAGAGAACUUUCAGAGGCCUCAAGUAUUAGUGAUGACCUACAUCCACCAGAAGUAGAUAGACUGUUGAAGAAGAUCGCAGAAAUAACUGAGAUAUUAGAAUCUAGGGAAUCGAAAUUAAUAGACGUUAAUCGAAGAAACGCUGAACUUCAAGAAGUAAACAGCAGCAUAAAAGACCAGUUAAAUACUAUUAUGAGUAAGCAAUUAGACAGCGCCGAUCUGUCACAAGUAACGGACGAAUACACGCAACGAAUAUCCAUAUUAGAAAAGAAAUUCCAGCAAGCGAUUAGAGAAAAGGAUAAUUAUAAAAAACAAUUAGAUCAAAUCAAGGUAGAAUCCGCAAGUAGGCUUAGUAAAGGAGAAAUGGAAAGUUUAAUAUCUGAAAAGGAAGAAACGAUCAAAGAAUUGAUUCACGAAGGAGAAAAGUUAUCUAAGCAACAGUUGCAGCAUUCCAAUAUCAUCAAAAAGUUAAGGGUAAAAGAGAAGGAGAAUGAGAAUACUAUAAAACAUCUAAAGGAGAGUGUGGAAAGUUUAACGACCGAGUCAGAUCGCCUGAAAAAAUCUUUAACAGCUAAAGACGAAGUUGAAAGAACUCAAAUAGAAGCUAUUAACCAAUUAACGUCUAAAAAUAGAAAAUUAGAAAAUGAAGUUAACAAAUACAAAGGGCAACUCGACGAUUUAACGCAAAAAUACGAUACAACAAAGAAAUCUUUGGAUGCGGCUAAAAAGGAACUUCAAGAUAAAACUAGAACAAGUACUGAGUUACAGUUGAGAGAACAGAUGUUGGAUACUUUAGAAAAUCAAAAAAAGGUUACAGAGUUACAAAAUUCUGAACUCGUGGAACAAUUAGAAGAUAUGAGACAAACUUUAAGACAGUAUGAGGCGAAUAACAUUAAAAAUGAAGAGAAAUCUCGGGAAGACAUAAAUAAACUAAUGAGAAAAUUAGAAGAAGCAGAAACAAGAAAUGAAGAAUUAUCACAAUCAGUAUCAGAGGUCAGCAGACCUUUAAUCAGGCAAUUAGAAUCUUUACAGGCAACUCAUUCAAUGAAAUUGGCGGCAUUUGAAAAAGUAGAAGAGGAAUUAACGCUUAAGAUAACUGAAUUGCAAACAAAAUUACAAACGUCAUCAAGUUCAGAAAGAGUCAUCAAGGAUGAGUGCGUUCAACUUAGAUCCAAAUUUUCCGAAAUGGAAAGUCAAAUAAGCAGUUCAAGACAUAAACUGGAGUUGUUAGAAAUGGAGUUGCAACAACAGAAAACUGAAAAACUUAUUAGUGAACAAGAACUUAAUAGCAAGAUCGACCAUUUAAACGAUGUUAUAAAGGAUUAUCAAGAAACAAUAAAUGAAAAGGAAAAGGACUUGUCGAACUUACAGCAACAAUUAAGCUUAGAGAAAACUGCCCACGACUUGGAAAAAAGACAAAUUGGAACUACAAAUCAGGAACAUUUGAUGGAAAAUCGUGGUAGAUCUUCACAAACGGGUAGUAAUUCCCCAACUUUAAGUUUAGGAAAAGGAUCCAUUGCAGAUUCUAUGACCGGUUCAUUUUGGUCACAAGACGAACCAUUUGAAGUUACUUCAACUCCCAGAUAUACAAACAUGUUUGAAAUGCAAAUGCUACAGUCCAGCCUAAAACAACGGGAUGGGGAACUACAGCAGCUUCAAUGGGAACUAAAUAGAAGAGAACAAGAACGAUCUCUUCUCAAUAACGAGAUAUCUAUACUACUUACAAAAGUGGAAGAUUUAGAAAGUAGGUGUACGGAAUUCGAAAGUCUAAAAACUAAAUUUACCGAACUAGAACAACAAUACGAUACGUUGUGCCAGUUAUACGGAGAAAAGGUAGAACAGAAUGAGGAGUUGAAACUGGAUUUGGAAGACGUGAAAGACAUGUACAAGAGUCAAAUAGAUGAAUUGUUGAGACAGCAAAGAGAAAAUGCUAAGUAACUAUGUCAAAAUUAGGGUAUAAAAUUAAUUGAUGACUGUUAAUGAUGGAGGAAACUAAAGACUUAUAGUGCAUUGCUGCAUAAGUUUUAGUACUACUGGUUUUUAUGGAACAGAAAGGAUAUUUCACAGUGACAGUAGCGUUCAUAUUUUUAUUUUAUCAUUUAAUAAAUAACAUCAGAUAUGGUAUCAAGUAACUUGGUGAUAGUUGUAAUUCAUAUCAUUACUUUGAAUUUUACAUCAGUACUUGUUCUUCUUGUACUUGUUGUAGAUCUGUCGAUCUGUUAAUUCCGACGUUGAAGCAUUUCUUGAGAGGGAGACUGCCAGCUAUCUCUCCAUCAUUUUGGUGGUCUCCCCGGUGGACGCAAUUCUAGAGCAAUUAUUGGUAGUCUGUGCUCCUCCAUUCUUUUUACAUGACUGAACCAUUCUCUUCGUCAUUGCUUGCCCCAUUUUACUUCAUUUUACACGCCACAUUGUUUCCUGAUGAUAUUGUUUCGUAUUCUAUCCCUUGUUGUCUUCCCCGAAUUUGCUCUUAGUGUCUUCAUUUCGGCUGUUCGUAGCAUGCUUUUGAUUUUAUUGGUGUCUUCUCUAGAUUCAAUACCAUAGGUCAUAACAGGUAUGAUGCAAGUUUUAUAAAUUCUAACUUUACUGUCCAUUCUCAUAUAUGGGUUAUCCCAGACCACAUCUCUGAAGGUACGUAUCCAUACAAGGGUGAUCCGCGCUAGGUGUAGCUGCUCAAAUAGAUACGGCAUGCGCUCCCCUCAUGGACGUAUAAAUAAAGAUGGACUAGGCAUGCUCUACUCUCUGUUCGCCUAAAUUUGAAGCCGAACAGUUUAUAGGCGCGGGGAAAGAGUCCAGGUGAUAGACUGUGACACUUCCCGCUUAGUCAGUGGCGUACCUUCCAAUAAUUGAAAGGUAUUUAAAACAAUUUUAUUAUUUGAAUAAAUGAUGAUUAUUGGUAUUUUUAGUAUCGUAAACAUAUACAAAUAUUUGAAAGAGGUGAGAAACAACGAAAAAUAAAUAAUUUUGAUUUUCAAUGUAUAGAAUAUAUUUACAAACAUUGUUUUACACAAAAGAAUAAAGAUGAAUGAGUAUUCAAAAUCACAAAUUACUAUAUGCUAUAUACAAUAUUUUAUUUAAACUAAAAUAAUACAUAAUAGGGUGCAUCGAAAAAAUAAAAGUUGGAAAUGUUAUAUCUAAUAGCGUGACAAAGUUGCUAGUGUUAUUUUUUAACAUAUGUAUUAGCAUUUUUAAUUUUUUUUUUCUAAAAAAAUUUUUUGCCUUCCCAACGACCUUGAAUUUUAUUAAAUAUCUGAUUUUUAUGGAAAUUUCAAUUUAUUUUAUUUGGAAUAAAAUAUGUGCCAACUCUAUCUAAGAUCAAUUAAAGAAAACUUAAAAUGUUGUCAAUUGCAAAUUGAAACGAUAUUUAAAAUUUUAUUUGUUUUUUCAGUCUUCCCAACCCCUUUGAAAUUUCCCGCUUUGUGAGUCCGUGGGUGUAAUUUUCGCUUAUGUUUGGUGCGUUGAGUUACUUUGUUAUUAUUGUUGUUUGUAAAUUAAAGAUUUUUAAAAUAGAUAAACCAGGACCGUGGGGAAUAAAAUCAAGAUGUGCUGUGGACCGCCCCAUUUUUGGGCAACCACCAAAUAUACCUGAAAAUGUUUUACCGAAAUAUAAACAAGUGAUGAAGUUUUGUGGUUGGAAGAGGAUUAAAAACUCACCAGAAAGAACCAGAAUGUUCCGGUUUUGCCGAACAGGUGUCAAUUAAAUUGGAGGAAAUAUGGGAAAAGGCUUUAAUUCCAAUAAUUUAACAUACAAGAAUUAUUCAGCUUUUAAAAGCCUAUCAUGACAAAUAUAUGAAACUUAUGAUACCAUUAAAUUUAAGAACAGAUAAAACGUGAAUUUUACAAAAAUAAAAUUCAAUGCUUUAAGGACAAAAGUAAAACUACACGUUUCGAUCUUGCAGCAUGCAAAUGUGACAUUCUGAUGAAUUGUCUUUGUAGCAAAUCUCAAAAAGUGACUCUGGAUGAUCGCGAAUUUUUAUUAAAGCAAAGAGUCCCAGAAAAAUGGUGAUAAGCUCCAUUGAUAUGGAAAACAAAAACAAAUAUAUUCAGAGAGAACAACGGUAAAAGAAGAAAAGUAGCGACGCAAAGAUAAAACUUGGCUCAAGUAAAAAACGGUACAAAGUUGUAUCAGAGAACACAAAGGCAGUGGUCGUUCCCAGAUAACACAAAGACAUCUUAAAGAAAUCUAAAAGAUAACUUACUAAAGAUGUUUUAGACGUCUUAAAGAUGUCUGGUAUUUCCGGAAAGAUAUCUUUACGACGUCUUAAAGAUGUACGGAUGUUACAAAUCCUUACAUCUUAAAGAUGUUUUAUUUUGUCUAUUAUUAAGGUGUUUAGGAUAGCUUUCUUUUUAAUUUUUUUAUGAAAUAUUUUAAAUGAACUUUUAAUAAAAAUAAUUAGGUUCUAAAAAUACGCUUAUUGCUAUUCAAAUUUUACAUGUAGGACUUUUGUUUGCCUUUUUGUCCCAGCCAACUGUACUUUAAAGCUUGCCCAUUGCUAAUAAUUAAUUUUCUAGCUCUUGAUACAAAAUCAUAGGCUUUUGAUCCUCCUACUUUAACAAGCUUUGAUACCUAAAAUAUAUAUUUUAUUUAUUUAUUUAUUUUAUUUCAAUUCAAGGAUUAAGUAAUAUCAUCCCUGUGAUACGCCAAUGGAUGUUGUUUAUAAAACUUGAUAAUAUACUUACGAAUGAAAUGACAGUUCUGGAUGUAAAUAUGCAGUUUUUCUGCAUACAACACAGUUACGUACCAUGAUUAGGACACUUAACGAUUACGAUUGUUCAAUUUAAAGUCAAAAUACGCUAACAAAUUCACUCAAAUGUCGCAAAUAAGGAAAUUCUGAAAUUAUUAACACAAAUGUAAAUAACAUGACGCCAUGUUCCUUCUUCUUGAAAGCGCGAUGAUUGGUUGAUAUUACCAAUGGUGCCAAGUUUAACAAAUAGUUAAAAUUAUCAGAAUAUAGUUUCAUUUAAUAAUUAAAAAAUUAAUGUUUUUCUUUAACAAAUAGUUAAAAUUAUCAGAAUAUAGUUUCAUUUAAUAAUUAAAAAAUUAAUGUUUUUCUUUUAAUUCCUUGGUUGCGGAAUAAGUAUAUUUGGAAAUGGUUUCUAGUAACUAAUUAAUAUAUUUUUGAUUUAUAAAUUAAAAGUCAAUUAUGCUAAAAAUUGAAAAUUAUUUUGAAUAUUGACUUGAAAACAAUAUGACAAUUAACAUAUGACAACGUCAAAUUAAGGAUUUGUGCCUAUGACUGUGACAAUCUCGUGGUUUCAAUUAAAGAUGUAAAUAGCCCGGUCCAUCUUUAUUUAUACGUCCAUGGCUCCCCUAUAUACAGCGUGUCUACUUGAGUUGGAAACAUAUGGGAAACUUUUUUAUUAUUAAUUUUACGAAAAAAAGUUAUUCUUUAUAAAAAGUUCUGCAAGCCCCAAAACCUAAGAUUCAAUUAUCAGAUAUCAGAUAUCAAAUAUUAUACGAGGUAUGUCAAAAAAUAUGAAUUUCGGCUAAGGGUAAAGUACCUUUAUUUCUCUCAAUAUCGAAAAUUCUUAUUAUGAAAAGUUGUUUGGAAAUAAAAACCAAGCUCAAAUAUGUAAUUACAUGCUUCUAAUUGGAAAAAAAUAUUUUCCAAAUUUUUCUCAAAUUUAUUGAUACUAACUUCGUUUUUAUUCAUUACACAUACGAUAACUCUUUUAUUAUUACUUUUACGAAAAAAAGGUAUUCUUUAUAAAAAUCUCUGUAUGUCCUAAGACCGAAGAUUCAACCAACAGAUAUGACAUUUUAUUAAUUUUAUACGAGUUAUGUCAAAAAAUAUGAAUUUCACUCAAGAGUAAAGUACCUUUAUUUUUCACAAUAUUGAAAACGGUUAUUAAAAAAGUUGUUUAGAAUUAAAAACUAUGUGUCAAUAUGCAAUUACAUCCUUCUAAUUGAAAUACUGUGAAAUAUAAAGGUGCUAUAAUAUUGAGCGAAUUUCAUAUUUUUUGACACACCUCGUAUAAAAUUAAUAAAAGUUGAUAUAUCAUGGUUGUGUCUUAGAUUUUAGACCAUGCAAAGUUUUUUAUGAAGAAUAACUUUUUUUCGUAAAAUGAAUAAUAAACGAGUUAUGAUAUUUUUAAUAAUUAAAAACGAUGUUGGGUAUCCACAAAUUUGAGAAAAAUAUUUUUUUUUUCAAUAAGAAGCAUGUAAUUGCAUAUUUCAUCUUAGCUUUUAAUUCCAAACAACUUUUUAUCAUAAGAAUUUUCGAUAUUGAGAGAAAUAAAGGUACUUUACCCUUAGCCGAAAUUCAUAUUUUUUGACAUACCUCGUAUAAUAUUGAGAAAAUUUGAUAUCUGAUAAUUGAAUCUUAGGUUUUGGGGCAUGCAGAACUUUUUAUAAAGAAUAACUUUUUUUCGUAAAAUUAAUAAUAAAAAAGUUUCCCAUAUGUUUCCAACUCAAGUAGACACGCUGUAUAAACCGCGAACUGGUUAAAUCGAAGAGGGUGAGCGCCGAGCGGCGAUCACCAACGUAUCCACUAUGUGGAGCUGUUACACCAAGCGCGGAUCACCCUUGUAUGGAUACGUACCUUCAAACAUCCGGACAUGACUGCGACCUUGUUUAUUUGUCAUCUUAGGUCUCUGGCUAGUGGCUGGGUCAUGAUAACUUGAUAAAUCUACAACUAUAUAUUUGAACUGAUUUAGUUGUUCUAUGGGUUCCCCCUCUACCACGAGCUUGCAUCUAAUUGGAUCUUUCGCAAUGAUAAUGCGUUUUGUUUUCUGCGUGGAUAUAUAUGUUCAUAUUCAGUCGUUGACAUGCUUGGUAGAAUCGAUAAACUUGUCUUUGUAGCUCAUCCUCAUCCUCUGCAAUCAGGGCGGCAUAAAACACUAUACUGAUUCUACUGUGACCGAGUCUGUAUCCUAGUUGUAGCGAUUCUACAUCUUCUAUUAUUUUAUCCAUUAGCACAGUGUGGUCCAACCUCAGACACGCAAGCCGCAUGCGGCCCGAGGCUCGUUAAACUGCGGCCCCGCAAACACAUUUCAAAAAUAUUGCCAUUGAUAACUUUUACCUGUUCCAACCCUGUCUAAUUUUCCGUAAUCUUAAGAAAGUAGUUAACCUUGAACACCCACUCCUGAUGAGCGGGCAGUUAGAUUCAGUCAGCUGCACGUGUCGUGUUGAAUUAACAGUGGCGAAUAAAUUGAAUGUUAAAUUCAGAAUGAGUAGUGCCAAAAAACGCAAAAUUUUCGAAGACAAUCGUACGUUCCAAGAAAAAUGGGAAAAUCAAUAUUUCUUCAUCGAAUUAAAAGGCAAACAAAUAGUAAAAUCCUUUAUAAAAGGUAUAUAUUUAAAAUCCCUAAAAAGGGGCUACAUCACAAUCACAUAACUAGUUUUCGAUUGGUUUACCAAUCAUCAUCAGUGCUUACGUGAAGUUUACAUGCUAACCACCAAGAUAUAUAUAUAUAUAUAUAUAUAUAUAUAUAUAUAUAUAUAUAUAUAUAUAUAUAUAUAUAUAUAUAUAUAUAUAUAUAUAUAUAUAUAUAUAUAUAUAUAUUUUCUUUAUGGUGGUUAGCAUGUAAACUUCACUGGUGCAUCUUAGUGGUUAGCAUGUAAACUUCACGUAAGCACUGAUGAUGAUUGGUAAAACAAUCGAAAUCUAGUUAUGUGAUUGUGAUGUAGCCCCUUUUUAGGGAUUUUAAAUAUAUACCUUUUAUAAAGGAUUUUACUAUUUUUUUGUAUUACAUGGUAUACAGCCAACUACAGGAAAACUUUUUCCUUGUGGAUUUUUAAAAGGCAAACCUCAGUGCAUUAUUUGUUGUCAAGUACUCGCGGUAUCAAAAGAAUACAAUAUUGUAGUCAUUAUGAAACCCAGCACAAAACAAAAUACGACAAAUAUCAAGGUGAAGCCCGCAAUACUCUUGUAAAAGAAGUUAAAGCUAAAUUGAAUAAACAAAAAUCUCUAUUUACAAAACCGACAGCUGUUCAAUAUUUGCCGACAGUAAGAAAGUAUUUAGAGAUGGAGAAAUGACCAAGCGGUGUGCCGUUAAAAUGGCGCGAUCCUUUUAAGAUGAAAAUAUGGCCAAACAUUUUGAAUGUGUGUUUCCCAUUAAAGUGUUUCUAGAAGAGUUGAUGAGCUGAAUACUCAUGUAUUUUUUUUAACGAGUCGAGUUCUCUGGUCCUUCAUAAUAAUUUCAAAUUUAAUACGGCCCGCAACGUCUAAAAGGUUGGACCACACUGCAUUAGCAUAUUGAAUAGAAAUUGGCUGAGCUGUCUCCCUGCCUGAUUCCCCCUGGUGUUGGUAUGUUAGCCGUAGUGGUGUCUUUUGUUUUAAUUUUUGUCGUGUUGUUAUUGUUCAUCUGUUUUAUGACUUCCACAAUGUUUGAAGGUAUCCUUUUUUGGUUCAUUUUCUUUAAUAUAUCGCUAGGUUUGACUCUGUCAAAUGCUUUUGUUAGGUCUACGAAGUACUGUAUUGACAUAAAAUUGGUUAUCUAUAGACCGCUAAUCUACAAAAUUACGAGCAUUUUAUUUUGUUUAACUACGCUGUAUGUUACAAUAAUAUUGUUGGGGGGCCUAAUGACGUUAAUAUUUAUGUACGAUCAAAAAAGCAAAAUUAUUUUUUCUAGCAUCGUUGGUAGUUUAUACAAAAGUUGUCAGUACGUAAUUUAUUGUUGGCAUUUAUUAAUAUUUGUAAACGUGAUAAAACGUCUUUUUUUCUCAGCAAAAAUUUUUAAUUGUGCAAAACGAUUUGACGAAUGCGCAAGUCAUUAUAUUCGUUCUAGUAAUGAUUUGCUCAUGUGUCAAUCCAUGCGCAAGCGUUUUGUCAGAUUUUUUUCGGAAUUUUGGAAGCGGAAAACUAAAAAAGAUGUACAGAAAGAUACAUUUAUGUUAUUAUUAGUGUAAUAGCCAUCUAAAAUCAUCAGUGUUAAUUAUUUUUAAAUUGCAAUUAUUUUGUAUAUUAUUGUUUUAUGUAAAUAUUAUUUGUAUUAUAUAGUUUAUUUUACCUAAAUUAUCUAUAUUUUUUCUUCUUAAUAACGUAAUAACCUAUCGUUCUACCUUUAAAUCCCAUCUUGCAAAUAGAACAGGGCCCGUCUAAUUUCUAUGUUAAUUGAUCCAUCAGACUAAAAAAAAGAAGAUAAAGCCAUUGCAAGCCAUUGCAAGCCGAGAAAUUACUUUUUUUAUGUAUACCGAUUGUGAACUUUGUAAUUCAAUUUUUUCAACCUAGUUUUUUGGCAUUUUUCACGCGCAAUACCGAUGUUUUUUUUUUAUUAUAAUUAAUUUUAUGAAUAUCUUGAAGAUACGAAAUGGAUUAUCGAGAAGGAGCUCCGAAAGAAAAAGGUAAUGGUUCAAAGAGUACCAUCCUAUUAUUUAUAAUUUGUUGCAAAUGCCAGUCAACUCUGAUCGUUUGUAUCUUAGGAACCACUGCUCGUGAUUCAACUUUUUUUUCUUUUAAAAUAAGCAUAUUGUCGAGUAUUUGGCAAAAUUAACAGAACACUUCAAAAAUGGUACAUUUUAGAUGGCUCGAACUUCCUAAACCUGUUGUCCGAUUUGAUUGAUUUUUUUAGUAUGUUAUAGCCUUAUUAUUUAAGGAAAUCGAUGUAAUGAUAUUGUUGCUAGACAGAUAAAUGUCAUUUUAUACCGGGUGUAACAGCCAUGCUUUCCUUAAAGUUCGGAACACCCUGUGGAAUAUUCUAGAACAUAUAAAAUAUUGAAAUUAAAACUCGAUUGUAGCCCUAGGCUUUAUUAACAUUUUCUUUUUUGGUUUAUUUGCUUAUGUUGGAUAGUAAAAAAGUUAGAUACGUUAACAACUAGCCAUGUUUUUCAUUAAUAAAUCCUCAUUUUCUGCUUAGUUUAAUAGACAAGCCUAAAGUAGGCUAUGGGAAAUUAAUAAUUUAAUAGAUGUCAAAUUGUUAACAGUCAAAAAGUGUCUGAUUUGUUGUGAAAAUUAGUAGAUUUAUUAUUUAAAGUUUCAAUUAAGUCCGUAUUUUUUUUGUUGUUUGGUGGAAAUGGAACACGCUACAAGGAAUUUCCGCGAUGAGUGUGUUCAAGCAGUGAUCUUACAUAGCGAAGGACUUAGUACCAUGCUAUCGGCUCCUUAUAUUGGUAACAAUUUUUUGUUAGUGCAUUAACAAAUCAUCGGACUUUGAAUUGGCAGAACACUACGACCGCGUUUGCCACCUCCUAGAACUUUACAAGAGGUAGAAACAGCAGCUCUAGAGAUUUGGAGUGAUAUUGAUCAAGACCAAAUGGCAUACCUCAUUUGUAAAAUAAAAGUACAUAUCUCUUUUAUUAUCGAACAUAAGCGAAUGAAUUAAAAAACAAAAUGUUAAGAAAGCCUAAGGCUACAAUUGAGUUUUAAUUUCAAUAUUUUAUAUAUGCUAGAAUAUUCCACAGGGUGUUCCGAACUUUAAGGAAAAAGCACAGUAUGAUUGUUAUACCCGGUAUAAAAUGACAUUUACCUGUCUAGCAACAAUAUCAUUACAUCGUUUUUCUUAAGGCCAUCGGUACAUAAUUCGCAAAUAUUUUACGGGUAUUCCUACUUUUUCUGUCUUUACACGGCAAAUUACGUGUAGUAACAUUCACACUGGUAUGGAUAUGUAAACAUUACUAGAAUAUCAUGCUACUUGAAAAUGUCUUGAUUAAUUUAAAGAGAUGGCUUUUGAAUGUUCUUGGAUAAUUGUUUUUUGUGUAAUUGCAAAUUAUUAAUUCAGUUAAUAAAUGUGAUAAUUUUUUCACUAUGUAUUCAGUGAUUGUAAUAAUUUAUAUGUACAACAAAAACUAAUACUCAAUCGAGAAAAGAGGAAAAGUGUUAAAAUGAUUUUUUAAUAAUAUAUUGUUACUAUGGAACGCUUACAAUUUUGAACAUCUUUAACAACAAAAUACUUGGAUCACAGAAUAUAUUAUCCUGAUGUAUUCUCUGCUUGGAUCUUCCACAAAUAAUACACAAUAAAUAACAUUUUAUUAAGUUCACGUCUUAAAUCAAUUAUUUAUCAAAUACACUAUAUAUCAAUAUUAUUUAAUCAACAACUCAAAAUAUUCCCGAUGCCAUGUCAAAUAUUUAAAAUUGUCACUGAUUGUCACUGUCUGACUGACAGUAUGCUGGCAAUAUUCUAUUCGACUGAGUGCGUUGUAUGACAAAGAUAGAUUUGGAAAUAUGACCACGGACAUUGUGUUAAUUUUUUUCGAAUCCUGAAAAAACCAAUAAAUAUUUUUGAAAAAUUUAAACGCAGAAUGAAAGACUAUAUUUAUUACCGAGGACCGAAAGUCCCUUAGAAUAAAUAAAAAGUUUAUUUUAAACGAGAUAUCUUAAAUUAAAUAUCAUACUAAAUUUUCUCUUAGUUUUUCAUCCCUGUAACGUAUUAAAAUAAACAUUAUAGAAGUUCUCAGGGACUUUCGGCCCUCGCCCAUAACGUAAUCUUUCAUUCUGCGUUUAAAUUUUUCAAAAAUACUUAUUAGUUUUCUCAGGAUUCGAAAAAAAUGAAUCCCCAUUUGAAUAGCAUUGCAGCCGAAAAUACGUACCCAUCCUCUCAAAUAAUAAGGAUAUAACAUACUAAAAAAAUUUUAGACAUCUAACAUGUCCCAUUUUUAGGGUGUUCCGUUAAGUUUGCCGCCGUAGGUAUUAAAUUGAUUUUAAUGAAUUAUCUAGGCGAUUUAUGAAGGUCCUAAGAGAAAUCUAAGUGGUGGAAGGUCCCUAAAUGCAAUCUAAGUGGUUGAAAAAAAUUGAAUAAUAAAAUGCUUGUUUCCCCCCUUUUUUACAAUUUAUUGCUAUUUUACAUCAAGGGUAAUAAAUUUAAUCAUUUUUAGCAGUAAUAUCUUAUAAAAACUUCAACUAUCGCUAUUUUAUCUCAGUACGAAAACUAGAAAAGACGAUGAUUUUUGUUAUUUUUAAAUAUGUUAAUUGUUUUGUUAAUAUUCCCGCUCUAUUUGAGAGGAAACACCGGAAAAUGUCUUACCUGGGACAUAAACUUACGUGCAUAGAAAUCGGCCCACUUAAAAAUUUGGUCAUUUUUGAUGUCUCGUAUUUCCUAAACAUGUUAGCCUAUUUAAGUGAUUUUUUGAACAUGUUAUAGCAUGAUUCUUUAACAAUACCACUGUAAUAAUAUUGUUGCUAAACAGGUAAAUUUUUAUUGUAUACCGGGUGUAUCAAUCAAACUGUGUUUUUUUUUCUGAACGUUCGCAUCACCCUGUGGAAUAUUCUAGAAUUUAUAAAAUACUGAAAUUAAAACCCAACUAUAGCCACAGGUUUUCUUAACAUUUUGUUUUUGAUAAAAAAGUUAGAUACUUUAACAACUAGACAUGUUCUUCAUCAAUACACCCUGUUUCUAAAUAAGUGCGACAAACUUUCAGGGGUAAUUCUGCAUGAAAAAAUAAUGACAGUUGGCUUUAUAAACGUAUGUCCGCAAAUGUUUCGUUUCGUAGAUACGGGAUGUUGACUUUUUUUUACAAACUGACGAUUUAUGUAUUGCUUUAAAACCAAUUGAGAUAUGCAAAUGAAAUUUGGUAGGUUUUAAGAUAUAGUUAUUGCAGAUUUUUUGACUUAAAAUUAAGAAUUUUAUAUUCACCAUCAGCGUGCAUACGGGUAAUAUGAUCGGUCAUAUUACACGUAUGCGCGCUAAUGGUGAAUAUUAAAUUCUUAAUUGCAUGUCAAAAAAUGUGCAAUAACUACGUCUUAAAACCCACCAAAUUUCAUUGGCAUAUCUUAAUCGGUUUUAAAGCAAUAAAAUAAAUCAUCAGUUUGUAAGAAAAAAUUCAAUAUCCCGUAUCUCGGAAACGAAACAAUUGCGGACAUACGUUUAUCAAGCCAACUGUCAUUAUUUUUUCAUGCAGAAUUACCCCUUAAAGUUUGGCGCACUUAUUUAGAAACACCGUGUAUUGAUGAAGAACAUGUCUAGUUGUUAAAGUAUCUAACUUUUUUAUUAUCCAACAUAAUCGAAUGAAUCAAAAAACAAAAUGUUAAGAAAACCUGUGGCUAUAGUUGGGUUUUAAUUUCAGUAUUUUAUAAAUGCUAGAAUAUUCCACAGGGUGAUGCGAACUUUGAGAAAAAAACACAGUUUGAUUGGUACACCCGGUAUACAAUAAAAAUUUACCUGCAUAGCAUCAAUAAUAUUACAGUGGUAUUGUUAAAGAAUCAGGCUAUAACAUGUUCAAAAAAUCACUUAAAUCGGCCAACAGGUUUAGGAAAUGUGAUAUAUCAAAAAUGACCAAAUUUUUAAGUGGGCCGAUUUCUAUGCACGUAAGUUUAUAUUAUAGUGGGAAGAAAACGAUAUAAAAUAUUACAACUGAUCCUUAAAGGCAAAAUAGAGGGCCGUAGAGGUGUCGGAAGAAAACAAGUUUCUUGGUUAAAAAACAUUCGUGAAUUGACUCAGAUAUCAAAUGUAGGACAAUUGACAAUUAUUCCAUAUUGCAGAAAAUCGAGAAGCCUUCGCAAUGGCUAUCGCCAACGUCGGAUAAUUCUGAUAUGGCACUUGAAGAAGAAGACUUGAGAAGGGAGAAAGUCAAUCAAUUAUUAUUGUUAUCUAGCAAAAAUCGGAAUGGCACAUCUCUCAUCAAAAUUUAAUCGUUUUUUCACAGAUCCGCCCUGAUCUAUUUUUCCAUUAUAAAUAUUUUUGAAAAACUGAUCGAUACCGUAAAACAGAUUUAAUAGUAAAAUUCAUAUAUCAUAUAAAUUGACUUGGCACAUUUGUUGUUUUGUACUAUUUAAUUAAAAAAUGAAAAUCGGCUUUCUGGCAUAAUAUACGGGGUGUCCAGAAACUCUCUUGACAAACGAAGACCUGAGAUUCCUCAGAUAAUUUUAAGACAAUUUAACUUAAUUCAUCUAGUCUGAAAAUGCUUCAAAAGGGAUCUAGAGCUCCUUGAAGAUGGCGUCUUGUAAUUAGUUUUUUUUUAAAUACCUCCAGAACGCUUCUAUUUAGAAAAACGAAAACUGGUACGCCUAGUUAUUUAUCUUCCAGAGAUAAAUCGAUGGCAUCAAUUGCGCAUUUCUAGUACCGGUCAAAGGCGCCCGUUUUGGGUAGAGCAAGUGUAUUUUAACGCAUUACUUUUUUGUCUUUUAAGGUACUAGUACACUUUAGAAGAGCAAAAAUAAGCAUUUUUUCAAGAUUUUUGAAGUUAUACUUCUUUAGGCGCGAUUGGGAGUGAAUUUUCAUUAUUCUGCGCGCAUGCGCACACAGACAGUAUGGCGUUAGUUGCUAAAUCUUUAAAGUUAGGUAUAAAUAUAUCAGUGCAAAAAAAGAUGUGAAAAGAAUAUAUUAGUGUUUUUAGUAAAUAUAUUUAUUAUAAUUUUUGUGUCUUUGGAUUUGUCUUCCUCAGGAGUAAGAUAAGUGUUAUUGAAACAUUUAUAUUUUUAUUAUACUUCACUUCGUCUGUUUGUUACCAUGAAUUGUCAUUAUGUCCGAGACGAUAUACACAGAGUCCUCGUAGCGUGAUUGGUAUAGCGUUCGGCUAGAGAUCGAGAGGUCUUCGGUUUAAAUCCGGACCAUUCCUAUUCUUUUUUUUUUUACUUUUGGAAAGUGGUAAGCAUUAAAAUUAGUUUAGUAUUUAAAUAAAAUUAAAAUAAUCUGUUUAAAGUACCUUUAUUUCGUUGAAAUCAUAUAAUAGAAGUAUAACUUCUUACGUGCGUACAAAGUACAGACACAUUCUUUUUUUUUCUCAGAACCUUUAUUUGAAAUGAAAUGAGCAUAAAACUUUUUACAUAUUAUGUAAUAUCUAACUCUUGGAGAAUACAAAAAAUAUAUCUUUUUUCAUUUAUGCACGUACACUAAUAUUGUAGAGGGCGCCAAAGUCGAGGCCUCGAAAAAAAGUAGUUCCGAUGGCGGACAGUUAAUCUCGGGAUUGGGAUCUCUGAAACAAAAAAAUCGUACAGAAUUUGAAAAAGGAAGGUUUCUUAUGUGACAAUUUACCACCGUUAGUGAAAAAUUCCGCAAAGAAAGGAUUUUACGGAAAUUUGAAAAAUGCCCGUUUUUCUUCAGUUUUCCAUGGUUAAAAAAUAUUUAUUUUUUGGUCAAAUUGUGGUAAAUUGUCACGUAAGAAUCCUUCCGUUUUCAAAUGCAGUACGAUUUUUUUGUUUCAGAUAUCCCAAUCCUGAGAUUAACUGUCCGCCAUCAUUUUUCGAGGCCUCGACUUUUGCGCCCUCUGCAAUAUUAGUGUACGUGCAUAAAUGAAAAAAUAUAUAUUUUUUGUACUCUCUAAGAGUUAGAUAUUAAUAUGUAAAAAGUUUUAUGUUCAUUUCUAAAAAAAGUUCUGAGAAAAAAAUUCUUGAAAAAAAAAUGAUUAUUUUUGGUCUUCUAAAGUGUACUAGUACCUUAAGUAUUUUUGGCACUGGAUUAUUAUAUUAAAUUGUGAGGUAUUCUAGUAAUAAAAAGGUACUCUUGCUUGAAGUCGGUAGAAUACACCUUUUUCUAGAAAAAUCGAUUUAAAAAUUGUUCAUUUUUUGAAUUUGAAAAAAAUAAAAAAAAACUAUUUAGAAAAACGAAAACUGUUACGUUUAUUUAUCUUCCAGGGAUCAAUCGAUUUCAUUAAAUGCGAAUUUCUAGUACCGGUCAUAGGCGUCCGUUUUGGGUAGGACAACGGUUAUUUUAUCGCAUAACUUUUUUGUCUUUACUUUUUAAGCAUUUUUGACACUAGAUUAUUAAAUUAUGAGGUAUUAUAGUACUAAAAGUUACUCUUGAUUUAAGUCGGUAAUCAUUGUUUGGAAAAUUUUUUUUUAUAAAUUUAAAAACCGAAAAAUUUUCAAAUCGAUUUUUCUAGAAAAUGGUGUAUCUUACCGACUUAAAGUAAGAGUACCUUUUAGUACUAGAAUACCUCACAAUUUAAUAAUCCAGUGUCAAAAUGCUUAAAAGUUAUGCGAUAAAAGACAAAAAAUUUAUGCGAUAAAAUAACCGUUGCCCUACCCAAAACGGACGUCUAUGAUCUUCUUCUUCUUUUAUAUAGGCAGUCCUGCCUAUUUUUCUUCAACGGUGCCUUUCAUUCUGCCCCUAAGUUGUCAUUCCAUCUUUUUCCUUGGGCGUCAUAUACUUCUUCUGCCUAACGGUGAUUUGUCCCUGGCUAUUCUUACUAUCCUUGAUUCAGACAUCCUGCUUAUGUGUUCAUUCCACUCUUCUUUUCUGUUCUUUACCCAGGUAUUUAUAUUGUCUACCAUCUACCCCACAUAUGCGUCUGAUUUCCCCACUUCUUACACUAUCCUGUAGUCCUUUUCGAGAAAUCCUUCUUAAGAUCUUCAUUUCGUUGGUCUCCAGAUGUCUUCGUCUUUUGAUUGUAUCUGGUCCUGUUUCGGUCGUGUAAGUCAUAACUGGCCUAAUAACUGACUUAUGUUAUAUUCGGGCCUUUGUUCUCAAUCUUAGGUGUUUGUUUUUCCAAAUUGUGUCGUUUAGGCAUCCGGCCGUUCUACUGGCUUUAAUUAUUUGGUCUUUUACCUCUUCUUCGAUGUUGUUGUCGGCUGAUAGAUUAAUUCCCAGAUAUUUGAAAGUCAUUACUUGUUGUAUAAUUUGAUUGUCUAACUCCAAUUUGCAUCUUAGGGGCCGUCCAUUAACCACGUGAUGGUUUUUUUGCAUUUUUUAACCUCGCUCCCCCUUGGUGAUACAUGGUGAGACCACCUAUAUCACGUAUAUUGUGACAUUUCGUGAUUUUUUAUGGACCCCUCCCCCCCUUCCAGCCUCACGUGAUUAAUGGACAGCCCCUUAUUGGUUCUUUGGCUAUUACUAACCUUUUUGUUUUUUGGGCUGAUAUUUUCAUAUUUAUUUCUUUUGCGUUAAUGUUGAAUUCGUGCAGUAAUCUUUGUAAAUCGUCUUCGCACUCUGCUACUAACACGGUGUCAUCAGCGUAACAGAGUAUUUUUAUCUCUCUAUCUCCCAUUUUGUGCCCUCUUUUUUACGUCUAUGAUUAGUACUAGAAAUUCGCAAUUGAUGGAAUCGAUUCAUCUCGAUGGAAGAUAAACAGGCGUGUCAGUUUUCGUUUUUAAGAGGAGCUCUAGCGCCCAUCUUAAGAGAGCUCUAGCUCCCUUAGGAAUUAUUUUCGGACUAGGUGAAUGAAGUCUUAAAAUUAUCUGAGGAAUCUCUAGUCUUCGUUUGUCAUGAGAGUUUCUGAUCAUCCUGUAUAAUGUCGCUAGCACAAGCACUAUAAGCUUUCAAUAAGUAUAAUAUAAUAUGUAUAUUUCUAAAUAUGUUAUUCUGGUAAUUUGUUACUCUGGUUCUUAAAGUUUGAAUAGAUAGUAAGGUUUAUUAAGCUGUGAUAUGUGAAAUUUUGAUAUACCUAUGAUGGGUUACAUUUAUUUAUAAACAUAAAACAUUUUAAAAUUCAUUUAUGUUAAUAAAUAAAACUUAAAGUGUA